AUGGCUGCCGCGGUGUACCGGGACGCCACAAGUGCUGUGGGCUCCCGCCUCAAGGCCCUGGGUGUGGGAGGUAGACCCGGGCCCCAGCCUGUCCAACGAUCUGAGUCCAGGCCCGAGGGUAGAGGCGCCGGCCGGGACCCCCUCUUGUCUCGCUACGUCUGCACCACUGCAGUGGGGACCGAUCAGCCCCUGGGCCUGAGCAAUGUGCUGCACCAGCUCACGGUGGCCUCCCAGGCGGACGACAAGGCCUCCAAGGCGUCGUUGGCCAGUGCCCUGCGCCUGCUCUUCCUCUUUGAGCACCUGUCCCCCGAGGCGGGGGCCUCCCUGGCCCGCCUGCUCCCCGCCCAGGGGGAGGACGUGCGGCUUGUGAAGCCGCUGUCCCACCUGGCGGGCCUCUACCUGUCAGGCAACAGCGCCGGGACGCCCACGCUCUUCGACCCCGCGACGACGUCUAAAAAAGUGGACGACAAGGUGCUGACGGUGGUGCUGGACCACGCCUCCGCCCUGCUGGCCCGCCCCGACCUCGACCCCGGCCUGCAGCGGGCGCUGCUCUUCCUCUUCGCCUCGGCGGCGCGCGCCAGCGCCCCCGCCCGCAAGCUCCUGCUGGCCCGCCACAGCGUGUUUGCGGCGGUACGCGCCGGUGGCGCGGCCACGGGGCUGGACCCCGUCUCCCGCGCCUGUUUCGUGGGCCUGGGCUCGCCCGACGCCGUGGGCGCGCGGCACGCGCUGGGCCUGGCGGCGCUGGUCGCCGCCCGCGAGCCCAGCGCCGUUGCCUUGGAGAUGGGCGGCAUGGUGGCCGAGGCGGCCGCGGCGUAUGCGCAGGACAGCGGUGGCGAGGCGGGGGCUGGGGCACGGGAUGGCAGCGGGAAUCUGGUGCCUGGCCAGGGCUCCCCCGCCGCUCAUCAGGCCAGCCCCGGGGGCGGCGCGGGAACGCCCCCCUCGCCCAUCAACCUCGCCGACCCCUUUGCCCGCCUGACCCUUGCCCGGCUUUGCGCGGAGGUGGUGCACUCGGACGCGCGGGGCGCCGACAUCUCGCGCGACGGCGCGCCCUUCUGGAACAUGCUCUGCCUGCUGGCCACCAGGGACAAGGCCGACAUGGCCGCCAGCCCUGUGCUCAUCCCGGGGCUGCCGGGGUCGCGCGGAGCCAUGGGCCUGUUGGACGCCGUGGGUGCGCUGCUGCGCCUGGCGCUGCGCAAGGCGGACGACGCGCCGCGCCGCCGCGUCGCCCUCGGUGUCGUCGCCGCCCUUGCGGAGGCAUGCCUGGCCGCCGACGCCGGGUCCGCGCCCGCCGCCCCGAAGGCGCUGGCGCUGCUGGAGGGCCCGCUGAGCGGGCCGGAGCGCGCCGCCGCGCUGCAGGCCGCCCUCCUCCUCCAGGCGGCGGGGCUGUCGUCGGGCCUGACGCCGUCCAAGAUCCUGCAGGCCGGGGCCGCCCGCGGCUGGACCCCGGCGCUGCAGGGCCUGCUGAACGCAACGCACCCCGCCACCGCCGACGGGGCGGCCGCCGAGCUCCUGGCGCGGCGCGAACCCGGGGUCAACGACGGCUCGGCCCUGGGCGCGCCCUCCAGCCACCCCUCCGACACCGCGGGCAGCGAGCUGGCGCGGGCCAAGGCCUCGGAGGUGGACGCCAUCCUGUCGGGAGGCAGCGAGGAUGUCAGCCUGGGCCUGGCCUCCCAGUUCUCCCCGGUCCUGGCCGACAAGAACAGGGUGUGUUUUGUGUGGGGGGCUGUUCUGGGGGAGGUGGAGGACCUGCUGGCGGGGAGAACUGCGCCGGAGGCCAGCCCCUGGGGCAACGGCGCGUCGGCGGGCGCCGGCAGCGACGCCGCCGUGUUCGAGACCUUUGGCACCACGCGGGCCUCUGGAGGCUCGCCGGAUGCCACGCCGAGCCAGCCCGACGAGCUGUCGGUGUUCGAGGGCGACGCGGUGGAGGUGCUGGAGGAGUCGGAGGGCUGGGCCCUGGUCAAGGACCCCUCCGGUGCGCAGGGCCUGGUGCCGCUGUCCUACCUGGCAUUCCCCUCUGCCGGCGGCGCCAACGGCGGCGCGGCCCGCCCCGACGGGUCCUUCGGGGACGCGGGCGGCGUGACGCGCCGCUCGCGCUCGCUGUCGCGCACGGUGAGCGGGCCCGGGUCGCCCGGACCCUGGGGAGGGGCCGGGCGGCCCGCGCGCCAGCCCUCCCUGCAGUCCAAGGAGGACCUGCUGGGGGACAUGUUCGACCGCGCGGGCGACCAGCACGCCGCCGGCGGCACGUUUGGCGGCGACGCCCGCGCGCACUCCUUCGGCACCCCGCCGGGCGGCGGCGACGAGGACGCCGCGCUGAUGCUGUCUGGCGUGGGCGGGUUGCACCACCGCACCGUCUCGGGCGGGUCCAGCGAGCGGGGCGGCGCGUCGACGCCGGUGUCGCCGGGAGGCGGCGGGGGGAGGCCCGGUACGGCCUCUGAGGGGGACCGCGCCAUCGUCGCCGGCUUCGCGGCGGAGAUGGAGGGGGAGCUGACCGUGGCGCCGGGAGACAGGGUGCUGGUGCACAACGACGCCGACGGCUGGGCGCGCGUGAUGAGGCUGUCGGACGGCAGGUGGGCGAGAGAAGUCGACCAGGGGAGCCUCGGCCAGGCCUGA